AUGUCAAUCUUUCUUUUUAUUCUCAUUUUCCUUUUCUUUUCUUUCUUUCUUUCUUUCUUUUUUCUUUCUUUCUUUCUUUCUUUUUUUCUUUCUUUUUCGUUUUCUUUUUUCCUUUCUCUUUCUAUCUAUCUUUCUUCGAUAUGUCCAAUCUUUUCUUUUGUUCUCAUCAUUUCCUUUUCCUUUCUUUUUUUUUUUUUUCUUUUUCGUUUUCUUAAUUUCCUUUCUCUUUUUCUAUCUAUCUUUCUUCGAUAUGUCCAAUCUUUCUUUUUGUUCUCAUCCUUUCUUUUUUUCUUUCUUUCUUUCUUUCUUUUUUCGUUUUUUUUUUCUUUCUUUUCUUUUUUCUUUUUCGUUUACUUAAUUUCCUUUCACUUUCUAUCUAUCUUUCUUCGAUAUGUCCAAUCUUUCUCUUUUGUUCUCAUCCUUUCCUUUUUCUUUCUUUCUUUCUUUCUUUCUUUCUUUCUUUCUUUUUUCUUUCUUUUCGUUUUCUUAAUUUCCUUUCACUUUCUAUCUAUCUUUUUCGAUAUGUCCAAUCUUUCUUUUUUUUGUUCUCAUCCUUUCGUUUUUUUCUUUCUUUCUUUCUUUCUUUUUCUUUCUGUUUUCUUUCUUUUCGUUUUCUUAAUUUCCUUUCAAUUUCUAUCUAUCUUUCUUCGAUAUGUCCAAUCUUUUUUUGACCUCAUCAUUUCCUUUUUCCUUUCUUUCUUUUUCUUUCUUUCUUUCUUUCUUUCUUUUUUCUUUUCUUUCUUUCUUUCUUUCUUUCUUUCUUUUUUUCUUCUUUUUUUCGUUUUCUUAAUUUCCUUUUCUUUCUAUCUAUCUUUCUUCGAUAUGUCCAAUCUUUUUUUUUUUGUUCUCAUCCUUUCCUUUUUUUCUUUCUUUCUUUCUUUUUUUUUUUUUUUUUCUUUCUUUCUUUCUUUUUUCGUUUUCUUAAUUUCCUUUUCUUUAUAUCUAUCUUUCUUCGAUAUGUCAAUCUUUCUUUUUGUUCUCAUCAUUUCUUUUUUUCUUUCUUCUUCCUUUCUUUUUUCUAUUUUUUUCGUUUUCUUAAUUUCCUUUCAAUUUCUAUCUAUCUUUCUUCGAUAUGUCCAAUCUUUCUUUUUUGUCCUCAUCAUUUCCCUUUUCCUUUCUUUCUUUUCUUUCUUUCUUUUCUUUCUUUCUUUUUUUUUUCUUUCUUUUCGUUUUCUUAAUUUCCUUUUCUUUCUAUCUAUCUUUCUUCGAUAUGUCCAAUCUUUCUUUUUUGUUCUCAUCAUUUCCUUUUCCUUUCUUUUCUUUUUUUCUUUCUUUUCUUUCUUUCUUUUUCUUUUUUUUUUUCUUUCUUUUUCGUUUUCUUAA